GAGAAAGAGAACUCCAAUCAGACUUCGAGAUCACCAUAACAGUUCGAGACGCGGAAAAGCAUGGGCAGAGCUCCUUGCUGUGACAAAGCCAAUGUCAAGAAAGGCCCUUGGUCUCCCGAGGAAGAUGCCAGGCUCAAGGCAUAUAUCGAGCAGCACGGCACCGGCGGCAACUGGAUCGCCUUGCCACAGAAGAUCGGCCUCAAGAGGUGUGGUAAGAGCUGUCGGCUUCGUUGGCUCAAUUAUCUCCGGCCGAACAUCAAGCACGGUGCCUUCUCCGAGGAAGAAGAGAACAUAAUAUGUAGUCUCUAUGUCACCAUUGGAAGCAGGUGGUCCAUCAUUGCUGCGCAAUUACAAGGGAGGACCGAUAACGACAUCAAGAACUAUUGGAACACGAGGCUCAAGAAGAAGCUCUUUGGCCGGCAGCCAAGGGAGCGCAGCACUGGACGGAUCACGAAUGGUUUGAAGCAAGAAGCUACAAAGAGAGAUCAGAAGGAAAGUUCAAUGGUGAAUGGUGCCGGAACCGGGACCAUCAAUUACAACCAGUACUGGUCGCAGCCACCAGACUUCGCUAGUCCAUCAACUCUCCAGGAAAUUCCCAACAUCCCUCAUCACAGAUCACCGAGUGAUCUGCUUACUUAUGUCGGAGGACAAUUCUCUGAAGACCACCUGAGAUCGGUCUUUAGCACUUUCGGCGAUUUCCAAAACCCUAUGCACAUUCCCCCUCCUCCUCCUCCUUCACUUAGUGGUGACAUGUUCACAGAACCCUCGAGCAACAUACUUGCUUCUUUCCAAUCUGUGAACUCCAUAAGCUGUGACACUUCUCAGUUAUCGAACACCCACUUCAUCAGUGCCAUCCAACAGGCAGUUCCGAAUGCGUGGACCGAGCUUCAAUAUUUCGCGAAUGACAACGUUGGCAAAGAUGAAGCAGUCUAUAGCAACCAACAGAGCUCAGAUGUGCUGUUGGAAGCUUUCUGCGGCAAUUGUAGCAGUCAAGCGAGCAGCACUCCAGAGAGCAGCUACAGUUGGAAUGACAUGAGCUCUUUAGUCGAUCCUUCGACGGUCUCUGAGUAUGAGGCUUGUCGAACAGUGAUUCAGCAAGAUUGCUCCGUGCCUUUCAGGGAAUUGAUGUACUUUGUGCAGCGGUAACACACUUAAAUCGGAUGCGAUCUGAGAAAGUUCACCUAGCUAGAGAAUUUUGUCACUGCCAUUUUUAUAGCAAAACCUAGUUGCCUGUUGUUGAUCAUGCUGAUGUUCAUCUCUCACAUAGCUUUUCUCGAACUAAUAUCAGUUUUUCA